CGCGAACCACUUCCAAAUUGAACUUAAUUCAGCAUAUCUCGAACUAAAUAAAUCAGCCGGCUUUUAAGCAGCAAAAGAAAAGAGAAUUAGAAAAUAUUACCAAAAUGACUGCAUUCGAGGAGUUCGGCGUGCUCCCGGAGCUGGGAAAGGCCACAGAUGAAUUGGACUGGACCUUGCCCACAGAUGUCCAGGCGGAAGCCAUUCCCCUGAUCCUGGGCGGCGGCGAUGUGCUGAUGGCCGCCGAAACCGGUUCGGGAAAAACGGGUGCCUUCUGCCUGCCCAUCCUGCAGAUCGUGUGGGAGACCCUGCGAGAUCUGGAGGAGGGAAAGGCGGGGGGCAAGGGCGGCUCGGGCGGAGGCGGAGGAUCGGUGGCGCCCUGGACCAUGUCCUUCUUUGACCGCGGCAACGCCCUCGCCGUCACUCCCGAUGGCCUGCGCUGCCAGUCGCGGGAGUUCAAGGAGUGGCACGGCUGCCGGGCCACCACCGGAGUCCGGGGCAAGGGAAAGUUCUACUUCGAGGCCACGGUCACGGACGAGGGCCUGUGUCGCGUCGGCUGGUCCACGCAGCAGGCGAACCUCGAUCUGGGCACCUGCCGCAUGGGCUUCGGGUUCGGCGGCACCGGCAAGAAGUCCAAUAACCGCCAGUUCGACGACUACGGCGAAGCCUUCGGCAAGGCGGAUGUCAUUGGCUGCCUGCUGGACCUGCAGCGCUUGGAGGUGAGCUUCACCAAGAACGGACAGAACUUGGGAGUGGCCUUUCGUCUGCCGGAGAACCUCGCCAAGGAGACCUUCUACCCGGCCGUGGUCCUCAAGAACGCCGAAAUGCAAUUCAACUUGGGCAAGACGGACUUCAAGUACGCUCCUGGCAACGGAUUCGUGGGCGCCUGCCAGGCUGGAGCGGAGCACAGCAAGGCCAACCCGCUGGCCAGUCCCGCCGCUGGAACCGCGUCCGCCAAGCCAGCGCCGAACGCGCCCCAGGCGAUUAUAAUAGAGCCCAGCAGGGAGCUGGCCGAGCAGACCUACAACCAGAUCGAAAAGUUCAAGUACCACCUAAGCAACCCCGAGGUGCGCUCCCUGCUCCUAAUUGGCGGCGUGCGACUAGAGGAACAGAAGGCGCAGCUGAUGCAGGGCACCCACAUCGUUGUUGGCACGCCCGGCAGGCUGGAGGAAAUGAUCAACAGCGGCCUGGUGCUGCUCACCCACUGCCGCUUCUUCGUUCUGGACGAGGCGGACGCCCUGCUGAAGCAGGGCUACACCGAACUGAUCGAUCGUCUGCACAAGCAAAUCCCCAAGAUCACCACGGACGGGCGCCGGCUGCAAAUGGUUGUUUGCUCCGCCACGCUGCACGCAUUCGAGGUGAAGAAGAUGGCCGAGCGCCUGAUGCACUUCCCCACCUGGGUGGACCUGAAGGGCGAGGAUGCUGUGCCCGAGACUGUGCACCACGUGGUUUGCCUGGUCGAUCCACUGGCGGACAAAAGCUGGCAGUCGCUGCGCCAGCCAAUCAGCACCGACGGCGUCCACGACCGCGACAAUGUCCACCCGGGUAAUGCCUCCGAGGAGACCCUGUCGCAGGCAGUGAAGAUGCUCAAGGGCGAGUACUGCGUCCUCGCCAUCGAGAAACACAAGAUGGACCGUGCCAUCAUCUUCUGCCGCACCAAGCAGGACUGCGACAACCUGGAGAGAUAUCUCCGUCAGCGCGGAGGACAACGUUACUCGUGUGUCUGCCUGCACGGCGACCGCAAGCCGCAGGAGCGCAAACAGAACCUGGAGAUGUUCAAGCGGCAGCAGGUCAAGUUCUUGAUUUGCACGGACGUGGCGGCCCGCGGUCUAGACAUCACCGGACUGCCCUUCAUGAUCAAUGUGACGCUACCCGACGACAAGACCAACUACGUGCACCGCAUCGGACGCGUGGGCAGGGCGGAGCGCAUGGGUCUGGCCAUCAGCCUGGUGGCCACGGUGCCGGAGAAGGUGUGGUACCACGGCGAGUGGUGCAAGUCGCGCGGCCGGAACUGCAACAACACCAAUCUGACCGACGUCCGCGGCUGCUGCAUCUGGUACAACGAGCCGAACCUGCUGGCCGAGGUGGAGGACCAUUUGAACAUCACCAUCCAGCAGGUGGACCGCGCCAUGGAGGUGCCGGUCAACGACUUCGACGGCAAGGUGGUGUACGGCCAGAAGAACUUCAACACGGGCAGCGGCUACCAGGACCAUGUUGAGCAGCUGGUGCCCACCGUUCGCAAACUGACCGACCUGGAGUUGCAAUCACAAUCUUUAUUUUUGAAGCGCCUUAAGGUCUAGUAGAGCGGAUCUGGAGCGGUAUUCGCUUGCUAAGCAAGGAGAGGGUAUGGGUAUGGUGAAAUGAGGCGACUGCAUGACCAACUCGCGCAGGAAUACUUUUGCGGCACAGACACACACACAUAAAUAUUAAGGAAGUCGGAGCUCUAGCUCCUCCAUUACGAGUAAACAUUCAAUUAAACUAACAUUAAAAUCUUC